CCACUUCCCACUCCCCCCGCCCACUCCCCCGCCCUCUUCCUGUGGGGGAGGAGCAGGAAGAUGGCGACACGAAGCGUCUUCGCUUCGCUCCUCGUCGCUACCUUCAUGUCCUCUUUGCUUCCUGCGCCGGCUUCUUGCGAUGGCUCCCGGUGGGCGCGUCGCCUGGCCGUGGUGACGACGGCGCUGCGCGAGUACCGGCCGUGCGUGCAGCAAAACUGUUCGUGCCAUCGCGGGGUGCUGGAGUCAGACCUCGCCCCGUUCAGCGGGGGGAUCGCAGAGGCCGACGUGAAGGAGAUGGUGGCACGGGGCGUCGGCACGCACUACCAGGUGUUCGCCCACCGGCUGUACCGCGAGGACGCGUGCAUGUUCUCCGCUCGGUGCAGCGGGGUUGAACACUUCCUGCUGGAGUUACUGCCGGAGCUGCCGGACAUGGAGCUGGUGGUGAACGUGCGCGACUACCCACAGGUGCCGGCAUGGAUGGCGCUGCGCCCUGUCUUCUCCUUCAGCAAGACUAAGGAGUACCGGGACAUCAUGUACCCGGCGUGGACGUUCUGGGAGGGCGGCCCUGCCGUGUGGCCCCUCUACCCUACGGGGCUUGGACGCUGGGACCUCAUGAGAGACGACCUGAGCAAGGCUGCAGCACAGUGGCCUUGGGAGAAGAAGAAGACUCAGGGGUUUUUCCGUGGCUCCAGGACGAGUGCGGAGCGAGACCCCUUGGUGCUGCUGUCUCGGCGCGAGCCCACACUCGUGGAUGCCGCCUACACCAAAAACCAGGCGUGGAAGUCGGACAAGGACACGCUGGGAAUGCCACCGACGAAGGAAAUCGGCCUGGUUGACCACUGCCAGUACAAGUACCUGUUCAACUUCCGCGGCGUGGCGGCGAGCUUCCGCUACAAGCACCUCUUUCUGUGCGGCUCGCUCGUGCUGCACGUUGGCGACGACUGGCAUGAGUUCUUCUACCAGCAGCUGAGGCCCUGGGUCCACUACGUGCCCGUGCAGCAGGAUCUCUCCGACGUCCGGGAGGUCUUGGAGUUUGUGAAAGACAAUGAUGACGUCGCACGGGAAAUUGCCGAAAGGGGGCAGAAGUUCAUCUUGGAUCACCUGAGGAUGGAGGACGUCUCCUGCUACUGGCGGAGCCUCCUGCAGCGCUACGCCUCCCUGCUGAAGUACAAACCCGAGCGCAGGCUGGCGUACCGGGAGAUCCGGCCCACGCGGCACAAGAAUGAGCUGUGACGACGCCGGUCCUGGCUUCUCCUCGUCACCACGGUCGCCUCGACGUGGCGAUGUUCCGCGGUGGGAAAUGUGCCGGUUUAUACGAUGGAACGCUGUACCUGCUGUUGAGGAAGUCACAUGACGUGUGUAUUACGACGGGGCGCCAUGGUGGCGAGAUGUUAACUACCCCGCCUGGUAUGCAUAUAUUUGUAUAUUUGGAGUUUGCGCGUCUCUCUCCCUGUGGUCGCGUGGAUUUUUUCUCCGGGUCCUCCGGUUUUUCCCUCCACAUUUAGAAAUAUGCGUUUAUUAGAGUAUUUGGCUUCUAUAAAUGUCUACAUAAGCCACUUCAUUGAGCUAUCAUGUGUGGCCAGGUCACUUCUGAAAAAGAGCUAUAUAGCUCAGUGGCCCUUACCUGGUAAAAUAAAAAAAUAGCAAAAAAGUUGCUACGUCAUUGCAUUACAGGAUGACAUCAUUGCGUUGCGAGACGUCAUUGGCUCUGAACGUGGCUUCUUAUCUCGGACAAGAGUCUGCUGUAGUUAUUUUAUGAAUCUAGAAAAACUGGCACUUCAGAAGAUCUAGCACGUGUCCCGGCACUGCACAGCCGCAGUACAAUUGGGGGAAAAAUAAACAUGAAAGAGAAAAAAAUGAAAUGGUUAAUUUUCCUCUCAAACACUGCUCAUUCUUGCGACAGCAACGUUUUAAGAAAUAUAUAUUUUAACAAAUAAACAUCACUGUAGUAGGAUUCACUUCACACCUUUGUGUUGCUGCAACUUGUAAUGUCAAUCACUGGUUUUACAAAUAAUGUUAUUUUUAAUAAAAGAGAAUGCAACUUGCCUUGUGGCAAAGCAACCUG